AUGCGCAUCGCUAAAUUCUCUUUCCUUCUCAUAAUAGCACUGUCAUGCAGCACGUGGAUCUACUUUCUACAAUACUAUUUUGAAAUCAAUCGUGACGGAGACACUGACAAUGUGCUUCAGCACUAUCUGCCAACAUCACGGUGUGACUGCAAGAAGAGUUCCUCAUCGAGAUCGGCAGCAGCUUCAAGGUCAUCAGAAAGACUCACAAAUGUCUCCCAAAUACUGAAAGCCUUAGAUCCAAAGGAAAAAUGGGACUGGCCUGUCAUUGACGCUGUUUACACGUGGGUGGACGGUUCCAAACCAAAAUGGCUUGCUGAGAAGGAGAAAUAUCGAGUGCAAUUCUUUGCUGCGCUAGAGAACAAAACUGAGGAACAAGUUAGGGAAGAGGAUAAAAUUGCUGGAUUGGAUCAAGGGCCAAACCAAGCCAAUCGGUACAUGGACCAUCAUGAGUUGAAGUAUUCCUUUCGAUCCAUCAUCAAACAUGCCCCGUGGAUACGGAACAUUUAUUUGUUGACGGCUGAUGGAGAAGGCCCAGAUUGGCUAGAUGCCUCUCAUCCACGAAUUACGGUUCUAUCACAUUCUGAUAUCUUCGAAAACCAAGAUCACUUGCCAACCUUUAGUUCCAGACCAAUUGAAGCAUCGCUGUGCAACAUUCCAGGUAUCAGUGAGAAUUUUUUAUAUUUCAACGACGACAUGUUUUUUGGAUUGCCUGUAGAGCAGUCUGACUGGAUCCCUGAUCCUACUACUGGUUCACAAAAUGUAUUCUUGGACUACUGGAGAUUUCCGGAUUGCAACGAAGGUUGUACCUACGAAAUGCAGGGUGAUGGCCAGUGCAACCUCGAAUGUAACAAUGCCGCUUGCAAUUGGGAUUUUGGUGACUGUGGUCUCAAUGCAACCGCAUUGGGAAGGAAGGAAUAUGAAAAAGAACUGAAACGACAAAGAGCGAACUAUACGCGAAAUGAUGGAUUCUUCAAGCAGGCCAACAUGUAUACUGAUGGUUUCUUCAAUCGAGAACUGGGCAAGAGCGAGAUGGCAAACAAGAGACGAGGGCCCAUUGCUCACCUUCCGUACUUGAUCAACAAGCGGCUGUAUCGUGACAUAAUGGAGCGAUUCCGUGUCGAGUAUGCAAAGACCUUGACUCACCGAUUCCGUCACGUGGAAGACUUUCAGCUAUCUUUCACCUACUACCACUACUAUGCCUUUCAGAAAGUAUAUGCCCCAACCAAGAAAAUGAUCUGGCGUGCAGCUCUCCUAACGACAAAGAACAAGGAACCCUUUUUGUACGGUAACAAUUUUGACACAACGAACAAAUAUCAAUUAGGGAGACGGCACUUUGUCGAGAGUACAGACAGCUUUCAUAUUCUACAAGAGUGCUCCAAAUCUAUUCUUGAGACUCGAACACUGAGUUCAGAUCGUAUCGCGGAGUGCGACGAAGCUGUUGAUAGGCUUCACUCCGAGUAUCCAACGCGAUUGCCAAUUCCCUACCUCUCCGUUAUUGACUUUAAAAAAGACCAAAAUGCUGGCAUGUACUACUUCCUUCGCAUUGUGGAUGGCAGAAAGGUUAAGAAAUGGAAACGACGAUUGGAAGAACCUAGAAAGGAACCUAGAAAGUUUGUCUGCCUCGAGGAUAUGUUGCUGAAUGGAAGUAGUCCAGAAAUUGAGGCAAAAUAUUUGGAAACAUUUACAGCCCUAUUUCCCGAUCCGAGUCCAUUUGAGAAAUAG